CCCAGUAACGUGACUCAAACAGGAAGUAAAGUCGAGCUGAUGAACUUCUCAUAAACACGUCUGGUUCUCCGGUCAUCAGUCACCGGUCUGACCCUCGGUGUGGUGCUGGACGGGCUGAAAUACUGCGGUUUGGAGUCCAGUGGGAUUUAAGAGGCAGACAGCAGCUAUGGGCUCCAUGUUUCGCAGUGAGGAGGUGUGCCUGGUGCAACUCUUCCUGCAGUCCGGCUCGGCCUAUAACUGUGUCAGUGAGCUUGGAGAGCUGGGCCUGGUUGAGUUCAGAGACCUGAAUCCUAAUGUGAACGCCUUUCAGAGGAAGUUUGUUGGCGAAGUUAGACGAUGCGAGGAACUUGAGAAAACUUUCACAUUCCUGGAGCAGGAGAUCAACCGCUCCCUGUCCCCUCCAUUGAAGGGCCCCCUCCCUCCUCCUUGCCCUACACCUUUGGCCCCCCAGCCGCGCGAGCUCAUCACCAUUGAGGAAGAAUCUGAGCGGCUGGCCAGAGAGCUCAAAGAGGUGUCCAGAAACAGAGACAGCCUCCGGGCCCAGCUGACCCAGCUCUGUCAGUACCGAGGAGUCUUGACCAAAACACACUCUCUCACAGCCUCACAGGCUCCGCCCCCUGUAUUGGAAAGUCAAGGCCUGUUUGAUAACCGCCAAGAUGUCCAUCUGAGUUUUGUGGCAGGAGUGGUCCAUCCUUGGAAAGUCCCUUCCUUUGAACGGUUGUUAUGGCGGGCGUGUCGUGGUUAUAUCAUUGUGGAUUUCAGAGAAAUGGAGGACCGACUCGAGCAUCCGGACACGGGUGAAAUGGUGCAAUGGACAGUGUUCCUCAUUUCUUUCUGGGGAGAUCAAAUUGGACAGAAAGUCAAGAAGAUUUGUGAUUGCUUCCGCACACAGACAUUUGCCUACCCUGAGAAUCCUGCUGACAGAGAGAAGAUUCUUCAGGGGCUUGAAGGUAGAAUUGAGGAUAUCAAAUCAGUGUUGUCACAAACCGAGGCCUUUCUGCAGCAGCUGCUGAUGAAGGCGGUGGCUGUCCUGCCCCAGUGGAAAGUGCGGGUGCAGAAGUGUAAAGCAGUUCAGAUGGUACUGAAUCUCUGCAGCCCCUCAGUCACUGACAAAUGCCUGAUCGCAGAGGCCUGGUGUCCCACCGCCAAGCUGCCUGAGCUGCAGAGUGCUCUCAGAGAGGGAGGGAGGAAGAGUGGCAGUGGGGUCGACUCUUUCUACAACCGCCUGCCGUCCACCACCCCUCCCCCCACACUGUUUCCUAUCAACUCUUUCACAGCUGGUUUCCAAAACAUUGUUGAUGCUUAUGGAGUGGCCAGCUACCGAGAAGUAAAUCCAGCGGUGUACACCAUAAUUACAUUCCCAUUCCUCUUUGCUGUGAUGUUCGGGGAUGUGGGUCAUGGGUUACUGAUGGCGCUGGCUGCCCUCUGGAUGGUCCUCGAGGAAAAGGACCCCAAACUGAGGAACAACACUAAUGAGAUCUGGAGGAUGAUGUUUGGAGGACGGUAUCUUAUUCUGCUGAUGGGACUCUUCUCAAUCUACACCGGGGCCAUUUACAACGAGUGCUUCAGCAGAGGCCUCAGCACAUUCAGCUCUGCAUGGCAUGUCGGCCCCAUGUUUGAGAAGAACAUAUGGAAUGCAACAGUCCUCGCAGAAAACCAGUACCUGUCCAUGGAUCCUGUUGUUCCAGGUGUUUUUAACAGCCCCUAUCCAUUUGGCAUUGACCCGGUCUGGGGUCUGUCCAACAACAAACUAACUUUCCUGAACUCAUACAAGAUGAAGAUGUCAGUCAUCAUUGGUGUCAUUCAUAUGACUUUUGGAGUCUGCUUGUCAUUCUUCAACCACUGGCACUUUGGGAAAAUAAGAAACAUCUUCUUUGUGCUGAUCCCCGAGCUCUUCUUUAUGGUCUGUCUGUUUGGCUACUUGGUGUUCAUGGUGGUCUUCAAAUGGAUUGCCUACACUCCUACCCAGUCCAAAGUCGCCCCCAGUAUACUUAUCCACUUCAUAGACAUGUUCCUCUUCACAGACAACGCUGAAAACCAACAACUCUACACAGGACAGCUUAUAGUGCAGAAGAUUCUGGUGGUUAUGGCCCUGUGUUCUGUCCCAGUCCUCCUGUUUGGGAAACCCACUUGUGAAUACAUCACAUUCAAGAGAAGGCGGCGCUACAUGCAACAGGAGGAAGACAGACGUCCGCUGGUGGCUGAUGAUGGCUCCAUCAAUGCUCGCCAGGGAGAUGUGGAGGGAAGUGCAGUUGAAGAGGAGGAGUUUGAUGCUGCAGAUGUGUACAUGCAUCAGGCCAUCCACACCAUAGAGUACUGCCUGGGCUGCAUCUCCAACACUGCCUCUUACCUCCGACUCUGGGCUCUGAGUUUGGCUCAUGCCCAGCUCUCUGAGGUGUUGUGGGUUAUGGUGAUGCGCAUUGCUCUGAAGUGGGAGGGCUAUGUCGGAUCUGUUGUUCUCUUUGUGGUCUUUGCCUUCUUUGCAAUGUUGACCAUCUCCAUCCUCCUGGUGAUGGAGGGACUCUCUGCUUUUCUGCACGCUCUCCGUCUGCACUGGGUGGAGUUUCAGACCAAGUUCUACAGUGGAACAGGCUACAAGCUCAGCCCUUUCUGCUUCUCAUCUCUUAUUAAUGCAUCACCUGCUAUAUGAUCAGCCAAACAAUUACUUAGGAUUGCCAAAUGGUUAUGUUAACUUAUGUUUACCUGACCCACACACAUCAGAUUUACUGCCUAUCUUAAUAAUGGUCCUCGUUGAGAUUUGAAACUGUUAAAUUCACUUGUUAAGUGAUCAUGAUGAUAUCGACUGUAGAAUGAGAAUGUGUCCUUAAAUUAUGAAAUUAUAAUGGCAUAAUAUGAAAUGAACAAAUACACUUUUGUACCCCCUUGCUCAGUUUUCACUAUCAGUGUUAUGAACUGUUUUCUGAUGACUCUUUUGUAGCUCAAACAAUGGUUGGUAAUUAUUCAGUCACCUCAUGAACAUUUAUAUUUUAGGACUGAAUUAUGAAAAGGGAAAGCACAUCAAUGAAUAUGUUGCAGUUUAAGGGAUUAUUAGAUUGUUGAACCGUUUCACUGUGCUUUAAUAAGUCAGUCCGAAAGGUUUCUUCAUAUGAUGGCUGGGAAUAAUCUGAAUGAUCUUCAUGAGCCAAAGAUACUUCUCUUUCAUUGUCUUGUCUUCCGAACACAGCAGAUCUUUAAUGCUCAUUUUUUUCAUGUGCCUUACCUAGGCUGAGUGCUUGUAUACAUUCAGCCUUUUGGACGCAUCUUAACAUCCAUUGUUGUGCCAUUAUGAUUAGGACAUGAAUCCUUCUUUUCUGACUGCACUGUCAAAUGGAACAAAUAUGAACUGAAAUUAAAUAUGAUUUUCUUGUUUA